UUGUCGCGCGAGCGAUCAACACGUGCAGCCUCCCGUGUAGACACGGGGCACGAGUGACUCACGCGUACGUACCUCACGUCUCGGAACUUACUCUCUUAGCAAAAAAUAUAUCAGACGUCUAUCUCACCGGCGCUGACGCAGCUGGGGAAUACACGUACCAUACGAUCAGCUGAUAUCGACGCUGCGUACUCGCUGGACGGUUCGCGCCAGUUUCCACGAACUUAAGCUGCCUCGUCUCGAAUGAUAGAUAAUAUUUUUGAUGAUUCCGAGCCAACCCAUUCGACCCGUGAGUCAUAUAAAAUGACGAAAGUUAAGUUGAAACACUCCUCAAGGCCCGGUUCCCGCUAAUGUGUUGUAAGUUGAGGAAAAUUAUGUGAGCCAGCGUGAUUAUAAACCAAGUUCAGUUCUAAUUAAGUGAACACGAAAACUCAAAUGUGAUGUGUUGUUUAUAAAACAAUUAGCUUCCCAUGUAUAAACAUUUUAAUUGUUCAAAGACUACGUACUUCCAAGUGUCGACCCUAACUGUACAAACGAGUGAACCCAAUGAACAAUAACGCGGAAAAAGUUCUGGCUAAGCGCCAAAGAAGUUAGUUUUGAAUACAUCAAACAUACAAUAAAUUACUCACCCGUGCAAGUCAUACGAGAAAGCUAUUCAUUCUAUAUUUACCAAAAAAAAACACUUUAAAAUUAUUUUGAGCUUAAAGGCUGAAAUUGAAUAUAGGCCAAGAGCUAGCGUUUGGUAGAAGAAAAUAAAUUAAGGAGUAAUUGUCAUAAGUGGGACGCAUUAGAGCUUGUACCGUCCACGAGCCUACGGCUGGUGUCAAGGAUCAGCGGUGAUGUGUUAAAGGAUGCACUUGCCGUACGAGUCUCGAGGCCGUCGGCGGCGCGAGAUGGCCGAACUCGAACCCUGGUGGCUGCAGUCCAUCAUCGACGAGACCUUAGGAGAGCAUCCCGACCUAGUGCGAACGGGCAGUCCUGAUUACAUGUGCUCAAUGCUGCCACAACACUGGCGCUCGAACAAAACUCUACCUGGUGGCUUCAAGGUGGUAGCAUUGGGGGACGUGGUAGAUGGCACACAAGUCACCGUACGAGCAGGCAAUGAUGAGAACUGUUCUGCCGAACUGAGGAAUAAUACGGCUGUUAUGAAGAAUAGGAUCGCUAAGUUUAACGAUCUCAGAUUCGUCGGUAGAAGUGGACGGGGUAAGAGCUUUUCAUUGACAAUAACGGUCUCGACGUCACCACCACAGGUAGCGACCUACCUGAAGGCUAUCAAAGUCACUGUGGACGGACCAAGGGAACCACGAUCCAAAACUAGUACAAACACUUCGCCUCAUCCGAUACGAUCGUUGUCCUUCCAGCGUUCUUUCAUUCCAAGCUCCAGCAUGGCUAUGAGAGACAUGGAAUUCAAGUCCUCUACCAGAAGUCUGCGGUCAUUGUCACACGAAGAAAGAGAAUAUAAGACUAACGCCAAUCUACCGACAGAAGAAAAUACUGGCAGUAUCCUAGGAGCUAGCGAGUGGAACACCGGAUAUCCGUCAACUGCCACCGUAUAUCCUAGCUACCCUCCUCUCCAGCCGCCAUAUUACAAACCCGACCCUACCUUACAUAUACCCGGCGUUCUCCCCGAAAUCCCUAUUGGGACUCCCGACUACGGUUGUUAUCAGACCAGUUCUAGCGGCUACGAUAAAGGAAGUCCGAGUGGAACGAACAGCAGUCUCACAGAUCUCAAUUCGCCAUCGAUGUCCACCCAAAGAUACGAACCAAAUUAUUACAAUUCAUGGCCUAGCAACAGCUACAACUACCAAUACAACAACAUCAACAAUAAUCCCGCCUGUCUCCAAUCACACACGCCAUAUAUAAACCCAAACCCCCAAAUGAUCCUUCCAAAUCUUUAUUCCACGGUAAACCAGAACCAAAUACACGUCCACCUUCACAGCUCAUCCGACAAAUACAAUCUAGAACAAUACAAAAUAAGCGACAUAAAUGGCGGGAUUUCAAUAACCACCGAAUUACAAGGUGCGGGGGAAGCGAGCGGUCUAGUGCAAACAUGUGAAAUAACUGAUGACGUGAAACACGGGCUGUACGGAGCGAGCCAAGAAGUUUGGCGGCCAUAUUGACAUAUCGCUAAACCCAGCAACACACGCAUUGUACAUAUUGUGAUAUAGCUAUCGACAUAUUGUAGAUAAUUGUAUAUACAUAGAAAUCAAUUAAUGUUAAACAUUAAUAAGAUUUUAAAUGUUAAUAAAUGUUUUAAUUAAAAUAAAUUAAAAUUUCCUAUGUUACAA